AUGACUGAAUUACAAUGUGAAAAUUUGUUCGAGUUUGGAGAAGUUCCUGAAAUUGAUGAUCGAAGAUGUGAGGAAAAAUCAAAUGAAGGGUGGUUAGAUGAUGAGUACACGCAACGAAAAAUUGCUUUUAAUCCAUGGUAUUGUAUUCCUUCUAUUCCUUAUUUUCCAGAACCUAUUCUUGAACCUGGACCAUUUCACAGUUUAGGUCCGAAUGAUAAAUUAAUUGUCAAUCAAACCUAUAACACCAAAAAAGAGAGGAUUCAAGGAUGGUCGGUAUCCGGUGUUGACAAUACAACAUAUCAAGUGCAUGACUUCAAAAGCAGCGGCAUAGUGAAUUUGAGGGAAAAUACUUAUUCUUGCAGAUAUUGGCAACUAACUGGUUUGCCAUGUGGUCAUGUGAUAAUGGUUUUAACGCACUUGAAAAAUGAUCACUGUGCCCAUAUGGCUAUAGAUGCUUAUAAAAUUGAAACAUAUCGAAGAGCGUACGAGCAAGCCGUAUACCCUCUUUUAGAACUUAGUGAUUGGGAGGCUCCGGAUGAGCUUAUGAUUGUUAACCCUCCUGUGAUGGAAAUACAUCAAGCUGGUAGACCAAAAAACACCAAUCGUAUUCCAUCUCAAGGUGAGGAACCAAAAAUAAGAAGGGAGUGGGACAAAAGUGACAUAAGAGGAACAGACACAAGCGACCGAAACCAAUGGCAGCAUGAGCGAGAGAACCAAUGGACACAACAUACCGAACAACAAUGGCAGCAGCAGCCAGACAACCAAUGGACACAACAGACUGAACAUCAAUGGCAGCAGCCUCCAGACAGCCAAUGGACACAACCGACUGAACAUCAAUGGCAACAGGAGCUACAUAACCAAUGGGGGCAAGAGACCGAAUACAAAUCGCAGGAAGAGCCACAGAACCAAUAG